AAAAUAUCCCCGUUUCCCCCGAGGAGGACGAGGAGAUGGAGUUGGAAGAGGAGGAAGUGGUGGAGGCACCGCCGAUCGCCCCGCCCCCCGCCCGGGAGCCGGUGCGUCCCCGCUCGGCGGAACACACGCCGUAUGUGUUCACUACACCGGAGCGUAUGCGGCAGCUGAUUGCCGCGUCGCUGCAUGGCGCGAUUCGCGAGCAGGCGCGGCGGGGUUGUUUGCUGCGUGGCGACAGACUGCAGCGGCUGGGGCGGUUGCCGUCAGCGCAGAGACGGGGGGAAUGGAAAUUCAGUCGGUGGAUAAUGUGUCGCACGGCCAACCGCCCGCGUUGUCGUCAGAAAAGCUGCCUCCACCAACGGAAGAAAAUACAGCGCCCGGGGCGGUUGCCGCGAGCGCUGACAGCGCAGAAAUGGAAAUCUCUUCGUCGGCUGACUUGUCGCCUAGCCAACCGCCCUGUAUUUCGUCAGAUAGCCUGCCUAGUACCAGCGCUGUUAUUUCUCAGCCGACGGAUUUAAAUGCGGCGCCCGGGGCGGUUGCCAUGAGCACUGACAGCGUGGAAAUGGAAAUUGAAUCACCUGCUGACUUGUCGCCCAGCCAGCCGCCCUGUGUUUCGCCAGAUAAUCUCUCCAGCACCAGCAGUGUUAUUUCUCAAUUGUCGGAUAUAAAUGCCACCCCAGGUGCGGUUGCUGCUAGCGCUGACAUCAGUGAGCCUACGCCAAUGGAAAUUGAAUCACCGGCUGACUUGUCGCCGAGCCAACCGCCCUCGGUCUCACCAUACAACCUGCCAAACUCCAGUGCUGUUAUUUCUCCACUAGCGGACAUAACUGCCGCCGCUGGUGCGGUUGCCACUAACAUUGAAACCACGGAGGCCACCCCGAUGGAAAUCCACUCGCCGGCUGAUUUGUCGCCCAGCCAGUCGCCCGCACCAUCGCCAGUUGACUCCCUGUCGUCGCCGUAUCAACUCCGCAUUGACGUGCAAUCCCCGGCUGAUCUGUCGCCCAGCCAACCGCCCUCGCCGCGGCCAGAUACUCCGCUCGCAACGGAUCUGCCACCAGUGGAAAUCGAUGCAUCGCUCGCCAGUAAAAAUCAGCGAAUCUCGCCGACCCCGAAGUUUUCUUCCCUGGAUACGCCCCGUUCCCCGGAUAAAUCGGGGCGUUUCAAUUUUCCACCAGCCGGAGCCGCGGCAACGCGUCCCAGUUGGCUGGCACUGGCCGCUCGGGGACCGCCUCCCCGGGUGGUCGCAAAUCCGCCGCUGGGGCGCUUUUUUGAACGGCCGCGACCGCAUCCGAUCUUCUCCGCCGAAGACGCGACGACCACGGCGACCGGAAGUCCCGCGGUCGCGACCGGAAGUCCCGUGGCGGCGGAAACGGAGCGGCCGCCGCUGGCGCCCUCGCCGCAGUCCAGCGAGACCAGUGAAGGCCCGUCCGGCGACGAGAAAAUGACUCCGGAAGUGGGAACCCCGCCGAAACCCGCCGCGCCGACGGGAACGGUCGAGGCCUUGCGCUUGAUCCCCCUCCCGGCGGAGCCCCGCCACCCGGACCCGGGACCCUCCGCCCCGCUGCCCUGGAGCCGGGAGAUGUUCGCCGCGGCCGCGCCGGAGAAGGCCGCCCCGGAACCCGCCGCGGCCAUCCUGCAGCCGGUGCCCUGGGCGGUGGAGAUCCCCGCGCCCGCCUCGCCCUCCCCGCAUCCCGCCGACCCGCGGCUGACCGGCGUCCAGGGCUCCAUCUUCUUCACGGAGCCGGCGCCCGUGCCGCCGCCCCCGCCGGCGUCUCCGUCGAAGCCGCCGGCGUCCCCGCCGAAGCCGCUGGAGGGGUUCUCGUUGAGCGAUCUGGAGUUCCAUAACCGUGUGCUGGAUCAUCUGUUGGCGCGGCACAUCAGCCGCGGCGGCGCCGGCAAGUGGGAGAUGAGCGAGUGGCCGGGACAGGCGCCGCGGUACAGUAACGAUAAGGUCACGGCGUAUUAUGACGCGGCGCUGCUGCAUGUCGCGCGGGUGCUGAUCGGGGAGGUGCGCGAGCUGUUCACCCGGAUUAACAAUCAACCGCCGAACGUGCGAGCGGCGAAAACGGAGGACGACGUGGAGUUGCUGCUGGUGGAGGACAAUCGGCACUCGCCGGAUAAGCAGAACGGGGUGGCGCGUUUGCCGCGCAUCCGCCUAACCGGCUCCGCCCAGUCAUUACGGCCCUUCAAACCCUACGACCUGGUGGUGCUGGGCGGCAUCUUCCAGGCCGGCAGUGGGCCCUUCGCUAAACUGUGCCUGGGCUGUGUCGUGCUGGUCAGCGGCGGCGAGAUGCAUAUACUGUUGUCCGGCCAGAGCGAGCCGUUGCCGCUGCAGCAGACCGUGCGGGUGCACCGGAAACUCACCAGUUUGAAGCUGGCGCAGUUCCAGACCAAGGGAUUGUUCCGGUUGUGCAAGAGCGACCGCGUCGCCUGCCCCUUCCGCACCCCCAUCGUGACCUUAGACCGCGAGGCCUUCCGGCCCCCGGCCGUCGACCCCGCCCAGCUGGACCGUGUCGGCGUCGUCCACGCCCGUCUGAACCCGGAGCAGCGGCGCGCCGUCUGCUGGAUCGUGCAGGCGGUGAAGGGGAAGGAGCCCCGGCUCUUGGUGGUGCAAGGCCAGCCGUGGACCGGGAAGCACCUCGUCCUCGUCACCGCGCUGUUCUUCCUCGGCCGGGCCUGUCCCGGCCGCAAAGCUCUGGUCGUCCUGCCCACCGAGGAGGCGGCGCUGCGGGCGGUCCGGCGGAUCGCCAGUCUCUGGAAGACCAUCAUGAAAGACGGUGCGGCGUCGGCGCCGGUGGCGUUCUGGGAGAAUCAGCGUUUCUGGGAGAAGAAGCACAACAAAUUAGACGACGUGGCCGCGUUUUUGCUGAACCAGCGGCAGCACGGCGCCGCCGCCCGCGAGCGGCUGGCGCAGUGCCGCGUGCUGGUCACCUCUGUAGAGCAGGCGGUCAGUGCGGCGCUGCAGGAUGCGCUGGAUCCCGGCUCCCUGGCCUGCAUCAUCGUCUCCGAGGCGGGGCGCAUGAGCGAGCUGGACCUGGUGAUGGCGCUGACGGCCUUCCCGGGGGUGCGGCACGCCGUGCUGCUGGGCUGCCCCUUCGAGAUCCCGCUGCACUGCGAGGACGGCCGGGAGCUGCGCCGCGGCGGCCUGGACGAGUCCUUUUUGGCGCGGCUCUGGCGCCAACCGCCCAGCGUGACGGAAGCCAUUCCGGCGUUAAAUUGCCAGUAUGUCAACGAUCCGCAGAUUGGCGGGUUUAUUGGGCAGGAGUUCUAUGCCGGCUGCACCGUCGACCGGCCGAUGGAGCGGAAAGCCGGGGAGGCGCCGUGGCCGUUUGCCCCGCUGAAAAUGCUGCUGCUGCCCAAUGAUGCCCGCGUCGACGAAGCGGCCUUCGUGGCGCAACUGGUCAAGCAGAUAUUGCUGCGAAAUAUUUCCGCCAGCAGUGUUAGUGUUUUAACACGCUCCUCGCGACAGUUGGUGGCGCUCGGGGAACAUCUCAAGCGCACCGCACCCAGUGAUCCCGGGGUGAAGGUGCUGCCGGUGUGCGCCUUCCAGGGCUACCGCAGCCCGCUGGUGCUCUUCAGCGCCGCCGGGGAGGCGUGUUUGGCCGCCGCCGAGGACAAGGAGCGCCGGCGCUUGUUCGUGGCCAUGUGCGGCGCGCUCCACACCCUCAUCGUCGUCGCCAAGGCCAACACCAUCCGGGAUUCGGGCGUGUGGCUGCAGCUGGAGAAGUACGCCAAGGAGCGGCGCGUCUGCGUGGCGCUGAGCGGGACGGAGGAGGCCGGCGAGGUGCUGCGCCGGCACCUGCUGCCCGCGGCGGGCGCCGUGUCCGCGCAGCAGCCGGCCGGAUAAAUUUAUGAACAGCCGCGUUAAUCGGCAUUUUUUUCGUUUUUUUUUCUUUAUUAAUUUUUUUCUCGGUUCAGCGGUCUCCGUUGUAUGUAUCUCUUGGUGCAAAAUGUGACCGAUGGUGUGUGUAUGUGCGGUGGAAAAACGAUUGCGGUGCUGCUUAUUAUUUGGUAGAAUUUGUUGGAAUGAUUUUGCUCAUGAUUAAUUUCUUCCUUUAUUUUGCGCGGCCAUGGUUGACUGGUUCUUUUCAUAUAUAAAAAAUUACAAUAAA